UCCUUUGACAAUGGAAACAUCUAGAGUCUAUCUAUAUGUCGGUGCUCCUACAUCUACAUCAGCAGAUUCAGACUCCUGCCACUGUGAAAUGUUUUGACACAAUGAAGUAAACAAAGCGCUCGCAAGUGGGUGGUUGAAAUAUUCUUUCUUGACAGUUAAAAUCAACAAUCGGAUUUCAUUGUUUGCUGUUGUUUUUUUAUUUAAAUAAAAACACUAAAGUCUUUUAUACAAUUGACACUUGACAUUAGCCGUCAGUUAUUAUUUUAUAUGAUUAAUAAAGACAACACUUAGCAAUAAUGUGGGAACCUUUUGAACCAGGAAGUUCACCAGUUGAUUGGUGUGAAGGAAAUUAUAAAAUUUCUCCAAGUAUUGCUGAGUUUAUGAAUACAUUCAGCAAUGUUGUAUUUCUAUUACUUCCGCCAAUACUGAUGCAUUUAUUCAAAGACUACGGAAGAUUCGUGAAUCCAGCGAUACAUAUUAUCUGGUUUUUGUUGAUGAUAGUUGGAAUAAGUAGUGCGUACUUCCACGCGACAUUGUCAUUGAUAGGGCAACUGUUAGACGAGUUAGCGAUACUAUGGGUUUACAUGACUGGACUUUGUAUAUUUUUCCCACGAAGAUAUUUGCCAAAUAUAUUUCGCAACAACAGGAAAUUGUUUUCAAUGUUCAUCGUGCUGCCGACAUUAAUAGCAACAGGUUUAUCAGUCGUGCAUCCGGCAAUAAAUGCAUUUGCUUUAAUGUGUUUAGCGAUUCCUGCAUUUGGAUUUAUGAUUCUUGAGCUCAAAAAGACAAAAUCCAUGCGAGUAUACAGGCUUGGCGUAAGAUGUGGAGCAGUAUGGAUCCUAGCUGUCGUCUGUUGGCUCAAUGAUCGUCUAUUCUGUGACACAUGGAUGAAUCUAAAUUUCCCAUAUCUACAUGCUCUCUGGCAUUUGUUAAUUUUCAUAGCAAGUUACACGGCAACUGUUUUGUUCGCUUACUUCUCAGUAAAAGACGAACGUCCUCAGCAAUCACCCGUGCUAAAAUACUGGCCAAGAAAUGAUUUUGAGCUUGGUAUUCCUUAUGUAACAAUCAAAUGCUACGUCAGAAUCGAUAAUAAUACCAAUAUAUAAUUUAUCAGUAAUAUAACAAAUCGAUAUUCUAAAUAACUUGUAAUUUGUAGCUUUGAGGUUUAAUUAUAAUUUUAAUCUGUGAUAAUUUGUAAUUGUC